AUGUUUCGACCAUGGGAAAUGUGCUCGACAGCUGCAGCUGAGGCUGAUGAACCCCAACAACUUAAAAACACUCAUGUAAAUUUAAAAUGGGUCAUGGCUUACUUGGAAUAUAGUGUUUAUCCAGCUAGUAUUCCUGAUAAAGGUAGCCGAGCAAACUUCAGGAGAUGUUGUCGACCAUUUGUAGUAAAAGACGGAGUUCUUUAUUACAAAAGGACGAUGGCCAAAGUAAUAAUUACUCCAGAAGAACGAACACAAAUCAUUAAAUUGGUUCAUGAUGGUGCUGAUAGUUCUUUGGAAGCAUCGGCUUUGUCUUCACAUCAUGGUCGCGACGCCACACAGAAACUUUUGAGAAAGCGAUACUUUUGGCCAUCAAUGUUGAAUGAUGUGAGAGAAUACAUCAAGCAGUGUGAUGCCUGCCAAAAAGCAAACCCUGCGACAUUAAAAGUUAUUCCUGAUUUACAAUCGGUUUCAGUACCUAAGCAAGUGUUCAAACAAAUCGGUGUUGAUAUUAUGACACUUCCAGUAGUCGAUAACAUGAAAUAUGUUGUAGUAGCAAUCGAUUAUUUUUCUAAGUGGUCCGAAGCAAGAGCACUUCCGGAUAAAAGUGCAGAAUCAGUUGCUCGCUUCCUGUACGACGAUAUAAUCUGUAGACAUGGCUGUCCUUUAAUUCAUAUUACUGAUCAAGGAAGAGAAUUUCUUAACAAACUCAUAUCAGAAUUGUUUCGCUUAACUGGUACCAAGCAAAGAGUGACUUCGGUGUAUCAUCCUCAAGCGAAUGGUUUAGUUGAACGCCAGAACAGAACUAUAAAAAACUGCUUCCUCAAAGUUCUGCAAGAUAAUAGUAAUAAGUGGCCUUAUAUUUUGCAAGGUGUACUAUUUGCACAUCGUACGACUCAACAUACUUCAACAAAUUUUUCUCCUUUCCAAGUCUUAUAUCAAAGAGAACCCGUAUUGCCUGUUGAUAUUUGUAAUUUAAGAUCAACAGAAGAAGGCACGAUAAUAUCUGAUGAUCUUAGUAUCAUAUCCGAUGAUGACGUAUUUGAUAAAGUUGCUUUUCAUAAAACAUUUGAAAAAAUGUUAAAUAUGAGAAGUAUAAUGGAAGAUAAAGUCCAUACAAACAUAGAAAAUGCUCAAGUACGGCAACAAGUUUCAUACAACAAACGCCAUAAAACUGAUAGUGUGUUUAAUGUGAAUGACAAGGUUUUACUGAGAAACCUCAAGAGAGAUGACCGUAAAGGAGGUUGGAGUUCACUUCCCUGGAAACCAAAAAUUGGUUAUUAUAUUAUUGAUUCCAUAAAUUCAAAUAAAACCUGUGUCCUAAUGUAUAAAGGCAAAGUUAUGAAAACAAGGCAAAACUUGUCAAAUUUAAAACAUUAUUUUGAUAAAGAUAUACAAGUUGAUGAUGAUAUUCUAGAAAUUCCAGGAAAUGUAUAUCAAAAUAUUGUUUCAAGAUAUUAUAAUCCGGUUUCGUACUUGUGGCAAAAGAUGCAAUGUAGAUACUUCAAUUUGACGAUUAAGCAUUUCCAUAGACUAUCUUCAGUACCUAAAGUCUUGAAUAAUCCAUCAACGACAAUAGAUAUAAUUGGUGACGGUAAUUGCUUUUAUAGAGCCUUAUCGUGGUGGAUUACGGGUGAUGAAGAUUCUCAUGCAAUAAUUAGGAAAGAGCUGAAAAAGUUUGUAAGAAAUGAUGAUAAAGUAAUUAAAUUUAUUGGUGGCCAAACUCAGAUGGAAGACUAUUUAAUAAGCAACCCUAUUGGGAAGAAUGCGAUUUGGGCUACUGAAGUUGAGCUAUUUGCUGCAGCUCUAUUAAUGAACACAACUAUAAUGGUAUAUACUUUUUCCAACAAACCAGAUUGGCAAGUAUUCCAUAAAUCUGGUAAAAUUCCAGAAGUAUUUAAUAUACAUGAAAAAUGUAUAUACUUAAUUAACUCAAAUAGUAACCAUUUUGAUGUUGUUACGAGUGUUGUAACUUCUGUAGAAGAUCUAAAAUAA